AUGGCGUCAUUUGUCAUGGCACUAAAGUUGGAAGACCCGUCAACACACAGAGGAGCAUUGGGAGCGCCAUUUUUGUUGGAGGACCCAGCAAACCAGUUCCUACAUCUCAAAAGACAUAUAUAUUUGCAGGAUUACUGGGACCCAGAUCGGAAUCCUAAUACAUGGGGCAACAUGCUGGCUGAUCAGGUUCAUGAAACAUGGACUACUCUGAAAACAACAGCACAGUAUUAUCUGAAUGUGAAUACCUUUACUUCUGACAUAUCCACUGCCCAGUAA